UAAAUAAUACUCCCUAGUUAUGCUUUACUGUUCUCGGUUUAUGUAUUCCCACAUCGGAUAAAAAUAAAAAUUAUUGUUUUAUGCAUUUUCUUCUACCUUCUUUUUCUCGUUCCCAUCUCUCUUCUUGUAAUUUUGUGGAAUCUUACGACAAUCAAACCCAGGCAAAGCCAUCCUCAAAAAGCCCCCAAAUUUCAAUCUUUUGAGCCUUUUAAGUUUACCCUUUUACCCACGUCUCCAAAUCAAUUUGUUAAAAAAUUGGCCAACUUUGACAUUUUUCUAUGUAAAGUUGCAAUCCAUUGUAUGUAGAUUCGUAUAAGCAGGCCACAUGUUUACCAAUGAUCAAAGGCAGGCAGAAAGAACUGGAAAAUAUGGAACUUCAAGGCUUCAAUAUCUUCAGGAACUGGUGAGUCAGUUUCAGAACACAACUGAUGAAGAAACAAAGGAGAAGAUUGCUGCAAACUUGGCAAACUUUGCUUAUGACUCAUAUAAUUAUUCAUUUUUGCGCCAGCUCAAUGUGUUGGAACUCUUCCUAGAUUGCAUAACAGAAUCAAAUGAGAAACUCAUGGAAUUUGGUGUCGGAGGUGUCUGCAAUUCUUGUGUAGAUCCAGCAAAUGCUGCUAUUAUUACUCAGUGUGGUGGAAUCCCUCUUGUCAUUCAGUGUUUAUCAAGCCCAGUAAGAAACACAGUGAAUUAUGCUCUGGGGGCCCUUUAUUAUCUUUGUAACAAGUCUAACAGGGAGGAGAUUCUGAAGCCUGAAGUGGUUGAUGUCAUUGAGAGGUAUGCUGCAGCUCAAACUAUAAAUGUAAGCUUCAGUAAUCUGGCCAAAGCAUUUCUGGACAAGCAUGUCUCUAAGGAGAAGUAAGGUCACAGCUGCAGAACUUGCAGAAGAUGGAUAUUGGUGCACUGGUUUAUAGGGAAAGAGGCAUGCAACUUGAAGUUAUGCCGUAACUGCAAAACAUGGCAAAAUUAGUUGUUUAGGCCUUGGCUUAAGUUCCAAGUAGCAACAGCAGGAGGCUGUCUAACAAUGUAUCUAUUUAGUGUAGCGUUUCUGGGAUUGCUUAUCAGCUUUUAGUUGAGACAUCCAAAGACUUGAUUAGUAAGGCUUUUUAGCUUGAAUACCACACACACAAAAAGCCUUGCUUCAAGACUAGAACCAAACAAAGAAUUAUUCGACUUUUAGAAAUGACUCAUUAAUAUUGACCUUUGUAUUAUUUGUUAAAAAGGUGCCACAAUUACAAGAUUUUGUGAAAUUUGAUUUAAG